AUGCAGCUGAAUGAGACUGGAGUUCAAACCUCGGCCCCAGAGCCAUGUGAGCAGCAAAUUCUUCUGGAGGACAAUGCUGGAAACUGCAGCGGCGGACCCACCGGAAACCUGUCGCUGCACUGCUGGCUGCAGCUGCUCACCAGGGACUCCAUCAUGGAAUUUCAAGGGGACAGCUCCAGUCUGGUGGUACGUGUGAUGAUAGCAUGUGUCUACUCUAUAGUCUGUGCACUGGGGCUGGUGGGAAACUCUUUGGCUCUGUAUCUGUUGCACUCUCGCUACAGGAAGAAGCAAUCAUCCAUCAACUGCUUUGUGAUGGGGCUGGCUAUUACAGACCUUCAGUUUGUGCUGACGUUGCCUUUCUGGGCGGUUGACACUGCUUUGGACUUCCGCUGGCCAUUUGGACGUGUGAUGUGUAAGAUCAUCAGCUCUGUCACCACCAUGAACAUGUAUGCCAGCGUCUUUUUCCUCACAGCGAUGAGCAUGGCACGUUACUACUCCAUCUCCUCAGCGCUGAAAAUGCACAGCCGGCGGGCGGCAGCAGCCAGAGCCAAGUGGACCAGCCUGGGCAUCUGGGCUGUCUCUCUGCUGGCCACUUUGCCUCAUGCCAUCUAUUCCACCAGUGCCCAGGUGUCGGAUGAGGAGCUCUGCCUGGUGCGCUUCCCAGACUCUGGCAGCUGGGAUCCACAGUUACUUUUGGGCCUCUACCAGCUGCAAAAAGUCCUCCUGGGUUUCCUUAUUCCUCUGAUCAUAAUCACUGUCUGCUACCUGCUGCUUCUACGCUUCAUCCUUAGCCGACGCAUCACAGGUGCAGGGGGCCCAGAGGUGGAGCAGAGCAGGCAAAAUCGCCGCUCCAGAGUGACCAAAUCCAUCGCUAUUGUGGUUCUGUCCUUCUUUCUGUGCUGGCUCCCCAACCAGGCACUGACGCUGUGGGGAGUGCUCAUAAAGUUUGACCUUGUGCCCUUCAGCAAAGCUUUCUACAACACACAGGCCUACGCAUUCCCCCUGACGGUGUGUUUGGCUCACACCAACAGCUGCCUCAACCCAGUGCUCUACUGCCUGAUCCGCCGGGAGUUUCGGGCAGGUCUGAAGGAGCUCCUCCUCCACGCCACGCCGUCUUUUAGAAGCCUGACUCAUCUGCUGCCUCGCAAGGCCAAAGUGUCCGAGGCACCGCCUGUUCUGGUGCUCGUCCAAAUGGAUGUCUGA